CCCCGUUGACAAUACAAUCAAAUCGUCAUCUCAGCCAGGCGCGAAACAGCCAGAAUCAGAAGGCCAUUAUUCUCAAUACCCGACACUACCUUGCCUAUAAUUAAUGGGCGCAGAAAUACAGAAACAUACCCCAGAAUCCAAGACGGCGAUAUCCACCUCAAACGAAUACCGAGAAACCACUUAGACGUCCAAGACGCCUAGGCCAAUGACGCUCUCAGUUCUGACUGACGACCAGAUCAGGUUUCUUCUGGAGAACCUGGCAAUCGACGAGCUCGAGAACUUCCGGGCCGAGCUCAGGGCCGCUCUCCAUCAAUACUCGACGGGCACCCAGGUGCCCGAACAGAGCCUGAUCCAACAACCGAGCCGGACGUCGAUAAAUAACAAUGUCACAGGCGGCACUACCCUGUACAUGCCAUCGGUAAGCCCCGCUGGCCACGCCAUCAAGGUGAUCACCCUCUCCUCGGCUGAGAACCAAGACCACACCAAUGAGGCCGAGCGCCCCAUAAUCAAGCCUACCGGCGCCAUCACCCUCUUCUCGCCCGACGGCGCACCCGUUGGCAUCCUCAAUGCGAGCACCCCGACAGCCUUCCGGACCGCUUUGGCCUCGCUCUGUCUGGUGCAGAAGCGUGAGCAUGUCCGCACCCUGGCUGUCUUUGGCGGCGGCGAGCAGGCCUACUGGCACGUACGCCUCACCCUCAUGCUGCGCGGGGCCACUACCAAGCAGGUGCACAUCAUCAACCGCCGCUUCAGCCCGAGCCUCAAGCAGAUGAUGCACCGCCUGUACACAGUCCCGACCGAGAUGAAGGUCCGCGAGGGCUGGGCAGGAUGCACCUUUGGCGUGCUGACACCCAAGUACGGAGACUACAAGCGCCUGCUCGCCACCCAGCUGCUCGACUCGGACGUCAUAUUCUGCUGCACGCCCUCGACGGUCCCGCUCUUCGACGCCGAAAUCAUGACCAACAAGGACGCCCGGCGCAAGGGCCGCCUCUUCGUCGCCAUCGGCAGCUACACUCCGAUGAUGCGUGAGAUUCCCGUUGGCCUAAUCCACCAGGCCACUAGCAUCUCGGAAAAGGGCCACCAUCGCCACUUCCACCGUCAUGCUGUCGAGGGCGGCGUCGUUGUCGUUGAUACUCUAGACGGCGCGCUUAAAGAGGCAGGCGAGCUGAUCGAGGCCGGCAUCCUGCCGAACCAACUUGUCGAACUAGGAGAGCUGGUCAUGCUCCAGCAAGCAGACAUGGCAGAUGCCCGCGAGGGAGAGGUCGAUGCAAGCUCGCAGCCCGACAGCAGCAGCAGAAGCAGCGUGGCCCCGUCUGUCGAGUUCGAAAAGCUGGACCUUGGCAGUUUUAGCGGUCCCGGGUCAUCCAUGUCAAGCGUCUUUCUCGACUCCGGCAGCCCCACCGUUAGCGGCGGUGGAUCCAUAUCGCCCAGCCGAGCAUCGUCGCCCGGCCGUAAGAGCACAUCGUCUCCUCACCGGCGGAGUUUCAGCUUCGACAGGCGGUCGUCCGAGGAGCGAGAGAAGAAGCACCAGAAGAAGAAGAAGGAGAAGGAGGACCACUUGUCCCAGUGGCUGCACAACGGAAACGUGAUUUACAAGAGCGUCGGGCUGGCGCUGAUGGACUUGACGGUGGGGAUGCACCUGAUUCGUUUUGCGAGGGAGAAGGGCGUCGGGAGCCACGUCGAGGGGUUCUGAGAAGUAAGGAGCGAAGUGAAAGUUAACCUAAACAUCUACGUAAGUGAAGUGGCGGGAUGUUGGA